UUUGACUGCCUCGUUAGGUUGUGUUUAUCGGUGAGCGGGAAACGCGAGGAGCACACCGGCGAUGGCGAGCCAGCGGACUACCGCCGACCUGAGCGACCUGGUCCCYCGCCCGGAGAAGCUUCCGGAGCUCACUCGGCUGCACAGCAUGACGGAUCGYGUGAAGGGAUCCAUCGCCGAGUACCGCAACCAGAUCGUCCUGCUGUUGUCUCGCUACGUGGCGAACGGGAAGCACAUGCUGCAGCCGCACGAGCUGAGAAGCGAGCUGGACCGCGUUGCCGAGCUGGAGUGCUUCGCCGGCACGCAGAUCAAGGAGAGCGCUUUCGCCAAGCUCCUGCGAGGGACGCAGGAGGCAGUCGUCGUUCCUCCUUACAUCGCGCUGGCAGUCCGUCCUCGUGUGGCGGAAUGGCAGUACAUUCGAAUCAACGUGUUCGAGCUCACGGUGGAGCARCUCAGCCCGUCGGAGUACUUGGAGUUYAAGGAGCGYGUGAAGGCUACUGACGAUGWGGCGCCUCCAGUUUGCAGCGACUUCGCCACGCUGGAGAUCGACAUGGAGCCAUUCAAUGCCAGCUUCCCGAGAAUGACCCGUCCUUCGUCCAUCGGGGAGGGUGUGUCUUACCUGAACAAGCACCUGUCCACUCGGAUGUUCAAGGAGGAUGGCCUUCAACGUCUGCUGGACUUUCUGCGCACCUACAAGUGCGUGGGCGAGACGCUGAUGCUGAACGAGCGCAUCGACACGCUCGAGAARCUCCGCUGCAACCUCGCCAAGGCGGAGGAGUACCUGGGAGCGCUCCCUGGCGACACGCCCGUCGGGAGCGUGGCCACCAARUUGCAGGAGCUGGGCUUCGAGCGCGGUUGGGGUGACACCGCCGAGCGGAUCAAGGAGAUGCUGGUCAUGCUGUCGGACCUGAUUCAGGCGCCUGGUGCAGAUCUGCUGGAGAGGUUCCUGGGCCGCCUCCCGCUCGUCUUCAAUGUUGCCAUCAUGUCGCCUCACGGCUACUUCGGGCAGGCGAAUGUCCUCGGCCUUCCGGACACCGGAGGGCAGGUGGUGUACAUCUUGGACCAGGUGAAGGCGCUCGAACGAGAUUUGCUGAACCACAGCAAGCAGCAGGGGCUGAAUUUCAAGCCUCAGAUCAUCGUGCUGACCCGGCUGAUCCCUGACGCCCAGGGAACGGCCUGCAAUCAGCGGAUCGAGAACAUAGACGGCACGCAGUACUCGAAGAUCCUCCGUGUGCCCUUCAAGAACCCCAAGGACGGGAGYGUGCUGCGCAAGUGGGUKUCYCGYUUCGAYGUYUGGCCCUACAUGGAGCAGUUCACGGAGGACUCCGURCACGAGCUGCGCGCUGAGUUCGGCGGCAAUCCCGACCUCAUCAUCGGCAACUACAGCGACGGCAAUUUGGUGGCUGUCCUGCUCGCGCACAGGCUGAAGGUUGCGCAUUGCACGAUCGCCCACGCGCUGGAGAAGACCAAGUACCCCAACUCCGACCUUAACUGGAAGGAGCUGGAUGAGAAGUAUCACUUCUCCUGCCAAUUCACUGCGGAUCUGAUCGCCAUGAACCACGCCGACUUCAUCAUCACCAGCACGUUCCAGGAGAUCGCCGGUAGGGCGGACACUGUGGGGCAGUACGAGUCGCACCAGGCAUACACCAUGCCCGGGCUGUACCGCGUUGUGAACGGCAUCGACGUGUUCGACCCCAAGUUCAACAUCGUCGCCCCYGGCGCCGACGCCGACACUUACUAUCCGUACUACAUCAAGGAGAAGAGGCUGACGGCGUUCCACCCUGAGAUCGAGGAGCUGCUGUACGGGCAGACCGAGGACGACAAGCUGUGCCGCGGCGUGCUCAAGGACAGGAGCAAGCCCAUCAUCUUCACCAUGGCGCGUCUGGACAAGGUGAAGAACCUGACGGGUCUGGCGGAGAUGUUCGGCAAGAGCCCGCGCCUGCGGAAACUGGUCAACCUGGUCAUCGUGGGAGGCUACAUCGACCCGUCCCUGUCCAUGGACAGGGAGGAGGUGCACCAGAUCAACGCGAUGCACGCCGUCAUCGACAAGUACGGACUGGACAAGGGCGACAUGCGGUGGAUCGUGGCGCAGAAGCACCGGAUGCGCAACGGAGAGUUGUACAGGUACAUUGCAGACACCAGGGGCGCUUUCAUCCAGCCGGCGUUCUACGAGGCAUUCGGUCUCACUGUGGUGGAGGCCAUGACCUCGGGGCUGCCGACGUUUGCCACCUGUCACGGAGGCCCYGCAGAGGUCAUCAAGCACGGCGUUUCGGGAUACCACAUCGACAUGUACCGACCGGAGGAGGUGGCGGAUUUGAUCGCCGACUUCUUCGAGAGGUGCAAGACAAACCCCGGCGAGUGGGAUCAGCUGUCCAAGGACGGACUGGAGAGGAUCUACAGCAAAUUCACGUGGGAGAUCUACGCGGAGAGGCUCAUGACUCUCUCCCGUGUGUACACCUUCUGGAAGUUCGUSUCCAACCUGGAGAGGAGGGAGGCGAAGAGGUACAUCGAGAUGUUCUACAAUCUCAAGUACAAGGAGUGCGUCAAGACGGUGCCGCUCGCACUUGAGGAGAAUCGAGAACUAGCGGAGGAAGCGAGGCGAAUCGAUGCGGAACGCAAGAAACAAGAGGAGGAAGCGCACCAGCAGAGGAAAGCCGAGAUGGAGAGGCAAGCGGAAAUUAGAGAUGCUAGGCUGAUGAGCGUGAUGACCUCGCAGCUCAAGACCAUGCACGACAAACUAGCUGGCCAAAUGGAGGCAUUACAAGGACGAAUGACGGCACGUGACGACCACCGGAACGAAGCAGAUAAGAUGAGAGCCGCGAUCAUCGAUCCAGAGAAGGAACUGGCCAUAGACAGCCCGGAGCGAGAAGCGGCGGAACUGAAGAAUAAAAUUGCGCAGUUGAGAAAACUGAAGGAAGAGAAGGAGAGAGAACGAGCGAGGAAGAGAGUGAGAGAGCAGAAGGAGGAAUGGGAGAGACAACAACGAGGGAGAGAAGAAGAUCUGAGAAGAUCGAGAGGACAGACGAUGGCAGGGGGCAAUGAGCGAUGGGAGGACCCCGACUGGGAAGAUGGAAACUACAUACCUGAAAAAGAUGGGGAGGAGCAAGAGACGCGCCGAAACUUUGAGAAGCUACACCAACAACGGACCAGUAAGGGGAGCACCUCACAAGAGACUCUUCACUUCCGCCAGCCAUCGUUCGGAAUACAGAUCGGGGAACCUUCCACACCUCGAAAAGUGUCGAGCUUACCACCGAAGACCUCAAAGAUGACAACAAGAUCUCAGACCAAAAAGAUGGCCGCAUUCGACGCUGAGGACCUGAUCGCCUGCUGGAAACGACUCACUACGAAUGGGGCGUUGAGCGAUGUCUUCGAUUAGGACACGAGGCUUCGUAGCUUUCUGCGUACGAAGUCUAUGCCGCAACUCCAAUGCCUGUGCGGCUGCGAGAAUA